CACACAGCUGACGGAAGUGACGCGAAGUUGUUGACGCGAGGGGCUUGCUGGGAGAGUUUUAGCUAGACGCCAUUUUGCUCCUGGAAACAGAGGGAGAACAGCAGAGGUUGUAGCGAUUAAACACCCGUACACAUUUCCAGUUAAAUCAGCUCUUCAGUGGACACUAUGGCGAGUCCAGGAAAAGACAGCUACAGGAUGAAGAGCUAUAAGAACAAAGCAUUAAAUCCUCAGGAGAUGCGUCGAAGAAGAGAAGAGGAAGGAAUCCAGCUACGCAAACAGAAAAGAGAAGAGCAGCUGUUCAAGAGGAGAAAUGUGUGUGUACCUUCGAAUGAUGAAUCAAUGCUGGAAUGUCCGAUCCAGGAUCCAGACAUCAGCUCCACAGUACCUGUUGCAGGUGAUGGGGUAAUAACGUCUGAUAUGAUUCAGAUGAUCUUCUCUGAAGACCCAGACCAGCAGCUUAUUGCUACACAAAAAUUCAGGAAAUUACUCUCCAAAGAGCCCAACCCGCCCAUAGAUGAGGUCAUUUCCACUCCUGGUGUUGUCACUCGUUUUGUGGAGUUCCUGAAGAGGAGCGAAAACUGCACACUGCAGUUUGAGGCAGCCUGGGCACUCACCAACAUCGCCUCCGGCACCUUCCUGCACACCAAGGUGGUGAUUGAAACUGGAGCUGUUCCCAUUUUCAUUGAGCUGCUGAACUCUGAGUAUGAGGAUGUCCAGGAACAGGCGGUGUGGGCAUUGGGGAACAUAGCAGGAGAUAAUGCUGAGUGCAGAGACUAUGUGCUCAACUGUGGCAUCCUGCCAUCUCUACAGCAGCUGCUCGCUAAAUCCAACCGUCUCACAACAACCCGCAAUGCAGUGUGGGCGCUGUCCAACCUGUGCAGAGGGAAGAACCCGCCACCGGAUUUUGCCAAGGUGUCUCCUUGUCUCAGCGUGCUGUCCCGGCUUCUGUUCAGCAGUGACCCAGAUGUACUGGCUGAUGCUUGCUGGGCUUUGUCCUACCUUUCUGACGGCCCCAAUGAAAAGAUCCAGACAGUCAUUGACUCAGGGGUCUGUCGCAGACUGGUGGAGCUGCUCAUGCACAGUGACUAUAAGGUUGUUUCUCCUGCUUUACGUGCGGUGGGUAACAUUGUAACAGGAGAUGACAUCCAGACUCAGGUAAUCUUGAACUGUUCAGCACUGCCAUGUUUACUCCACCUCCUCAGCAGUCCUAAGGAGUCCAUCAAGAAGGAGGCGUGCUGGACUGUGUCCAACAUCACAGCAGGAAACAGAGCUCAGAUUCAGAAUGUGAUUGAUGCCAACAUCUUCCCAGUCCUGAUUGAGAUCCUUCAGAAGGCCGAGUUCCGCACAAGGAAGGAGGCAGCCUGGGCCAUUACUAAUGCCACCUCCGGGGGCACUCCUGCACAGAUAAGGUAUCUGGUGUCUCUGAAUGCCAUCAAACCUAUGUGUGACCUGCUGACAGUGAUGGACUCUAAGAUCGUGCAGGUGUCUCUAAACGGUCUGGAGAACAUCCUCAGACUGGGAGAACAGGAGGCCAAGCAGAAUGGAACAGGCAUCAACCCAUACUGUGCUCUCAUUGAGGAGGCUUAUGGCCUGGACAAGAUUGAGUUCCUGCAGAGCCAUGAGAACCAGGAGAUCUACCAGAAGGCCUUCGACCUGAUUGAACACUACUUUGGCGUGGAGGAGGAGGACGCCAGCCUGGCUCCACAGGUGGACCAGAGUCAAGGCCAGUUUGUCUUCCAGCAACAGGAAGGACCCAUGGAGGGUUUCCAGCUUUAACUCCACCUCACCUCCACAGCCCCUUCUUCCUGGUCUCUGAGCCUUGGCCCGCUGGCCUUGAAACUCUCCUGGGACCUCACCUUGUCUCUGCCGGGCCAGCUCCACCAGCUCCUCCCCACACCUCUACCCCUAUGCCUUCACAACAACACAUACUCUACAGAGACACAGAGGUUUGUGAAUAUGGAGAUGGAAAGUGAGAGCUCAUCUGGCUCCAUGAUGUGGAGACUGUGGGAGCCUGACUGGAGGGCUCAGCUUUGCUGGUUUCCAUCCCACUAUGAGAUGUCUAUGCCAUGGGAAGCCAAUUCUUUUUUUUUUCUUUAGUGCUGCAGUAUGACGUUCCUUUGACUUCCUGUGAUAUUUUUAUCAUUCUAAAUGAAGUUAAUAAUAUUUAUGUUACAAUUAGAAACUAGUGUCUCCAAAUCAGCAUCAAUAUCCCUUUUUGAAUGUGAAACUACCUCUUCAGUCUUCAGAAAGAAAGAAACUGAAAGAGAGGAAGGAGGGAAAUAAAAAGCCCGAAAUGAACAGAUAAAGCAUCAGACUGAUUUUUUUUUUCUUCCUUUAUUGUGGCUGAAAUCCAAUCUUGAAUAAAAUCCUUGGUGUUGAAAUUCAGGGUGCAGUGGCUGACCUGUCAGCAGUCUGUAGGCAGGUAGUGGAUGUAAAUACAGUACUACUGUACGCCCUGGUGUUGCCAUACUUUAAAGUCUGAAGCAGCUGCAUGUCUCUCUGGGUUCUUUCUCCUCUCCUGUCCUUUUAACAGGACUUGAAGAGCACCUGGAGACUUGAGGUCUUUUAUUUAUUUGUUUUGUGGAAGCUGUGGAGGAGCUUCUCCUUCUCUUCUGAAGGCACCUGCUUCCUGGAUUAUGUAACUGGCCCUCUGGCCAGAGUUAGUUUGAAAUCUGUAAGUCCGUGUUGGCUGUUCAGUAGUGUUUUUGCUGCUUAUUUUAAAUGGCCUAUUUCGGAAAGCAGUAUGAGAGCAGGACAGGCGCUGUCUGAGUUACAUGAUGCAGUGUGUGCAGCCAUCUUGUUAGUUAAAUGAAAUCCUUGCUCUGUUCUCUAGUUUGUCGCUCUGAACUAGCAACAUGAUAAAUGAUAAAUUAUUUUUCUGCCUGCAGUCAUUUCCUGGAUAUGAUGGCAUUAGUCGACUGACUCGGAAGGUUUUGUAUAUUAUAUAUACAUGUAGGAAAGUGUAAAGAAAGUAUUUAAGUGGCUGCAGGAAGGUGUGAUAUGCAAUUAUGUUUUCUGGCUGAUAUGCAGUUGUAGUAUUUCCAGUCCAUCACUGCUUCUCCCUUAUGCACCCUCAACAGUUUGUUUUAUUUGAAGGAGGUUUGUCUCCUCUGAACCUUUAUGCUUUGAUUUUUAUUCAUGUUCUCAUUUUGUGGUUGAAGUCUUAAGAUGGAAGCACAGUGUUUUUUUUAUUUCUUCUUCUACUUUCGGCUCUAGCCCUGAAAUAUGAUUGACAGUUUUUUGAUGUGUGCACAUUUGAGUACAGCUACAUUAAUUGGUGGAGAACAGAACAUGAAAUUAAUCUAUAUUUAUGUGAAAUGGAAAAUAUUUGUAAUGCAGAAAUUACAUCAAACACAUUCAAUUGUGUAUAGUUUUCUAAUAUUUCUGGUUUGUAUGAUUGUAUAUCAUUUUUUAGGUUUUGGUAGUGUUUUUGUUUUCUCCUGUUUGGGAUUCAUUUGCUGUGUUGUUGUGGCUCUCAGUAGAAAUGCCUGUUAGAAGUACAGCAGCCCGUGUACAGGAGUGAUUUACUGUAUGCAGCCACAGUCUGUCUGUGGUUCCUAACACUGACUGGAUCACAGCUGGCUCAGGCUGUCUGCCUGACUCUUUUGUAUGGGGAUGCACACUUAUGUUGUGUAACAAGAAUUAAUAAAUUGAUCUGUUGGCUACAAACCACA